AUGUUCAAGCUUGUGCUGAUCGUCGUCGUGGCCGCCUGCUGCGUGAGCGCCGCCCCUAAGGCUGGCCUCGCCCCCCUGGCCUACUCCGCCCCCCUGGUGGCUGCCGCCUCUGUGACCUACGCCGCCCCCGCGCCGGCCGUCGUGACGGCGCACAGCUCGCAGUACAUCGCGCAGAACUUCAACGGACUCGCCGAGGCAGCCGCCGCCCCCAUCCUUGUUCUGGUGCUGGCUUUGGCCGCCUGCUGCGUGAGCGCCGCCCCCAAGGCCGGCCUGGCCCCACUGGCCUACUCCGCCCCCCUGGUGGCCGCCGCCCCCGUGGCCUACGCCGCCCACGCGCCGGCCGUCGUGACGGCGCACAGCUCGCAGUACAUUGCGCAGAAUUUCAACGGACUCGCAGUGGCCGCCGCCGCCCCCGUCGUCGCCCUUGCUCUGAUGCUGGCUUUGGCCGCCUGCUGCGUGAGCGCCGCCCCCAAGGCCGGCCUCGCCCCCCUGGCCUAUUCCGCCCCCCUGGUGGCCGCCGGCCCCGUGGCCUACGCCGCCCACGCGCAGGCCGUCGUGACUGCGCACAGCUCGCAGUACAUCGCCCAGAACUUCAACGGACUCGCCGUGGCCGCCGCCGCCCCCGUCGUGGUACACCAGACUGAUUUGCUAUUCUGA